AUGUUCCGCUUCGUGAGGGACGUGGAGCCUGAAGAUCCCAUGUUCUUGAUGGACCCCUUCGCCAUUCACCGCCAGCACAUGAGCCGCAUGUUGUCAGGUGGCUUUGGCUACAGCCCCUUUCUUAGCAUCACAGAUGGUAAUAUGCCAGCAACCAGGCCCGCCAGCCGCAGGAUGCACGCUGGGGCUGUCUCUCCCUUUGGGAUGUUGGGAAUGUCUGGUGGCUUCAUGGACAUGUUUGGGAUGAUGAACGACAUGAUUGGGAACAUGGAACACACGGCCGCGGGAGGCAACUGCCAGACCUUUUCUUCCUCCACCGUCAUCUCCUACUCCAACACUGGGGACGGAACCCCGAAAGUUUACCAGGAGACAUCUGAGAUGCGCUCUGCUCCAGGCGGGAUCCGGGAGACAAGGAGGACUGUCCGGGACUCAGGCAGUGGUGUAGAGCAGAUGUCCAUCGGCCAUCACAUUCGGGACAGGGCUCACAUCCUCCAGCGCUCCCGAAAUCACCGCACAGGGGACCAGGAAGAACGGCAGGACUACAUCAACCUGGAUGAAAGUGAGGCCGCGGCCUUUGAUGAUGAAUGGCGAAGGGAGACAUCCCGAUUCAGGCAGCAGCGUCCUCUGGAGUUUCGACGGCUUGAGGCAUCUGCGGGUGGAGGACGAAGGGGCGAGGGGCCUCCCCGCCUGGUUAUCCAGGGACCCGAGGACUCCCCCUCCCGACAGUCCCGUCGCUAUGACUGGUGAAGGCCCCAGGCUCUCAGUCUCUCUUGUACAGGCUGAGAGGCUGAGAGAUCAUCCCAUGAAAUAACGUCCUUCCCAACUUCAUCCCAAUUUAAUAUUAAAUUAACAGGCAAGCUGGUCCCCACCUCUCCCUGGGGGUCUCAGGGAGAACCUUUUACUGCCCCCACCUCCUUUUUCCGUCUUUUCUCCCCUCACCAUGAUGAUCCCACCCACCUUGACUCCACUAACUUGAGUUUUCAUUUUACUGCUCCAUCUCCAAGCCGCCUCAUCUUCCUUGAGCCCCUGCCACACAUUGAAGGUUUUGGGGUGCAAGCUCUGGGUUUAGGGAUCACCAUCCCUCAGCUCCCCUGGACGCUUGCCCAC